AUGCCGGACGAGCUGACAGAGCCUGGGCGCUCCACGCCGGCUCGCGCCUCCUCCUUCCUCAUUGAGAACCUGCUGGCGGCCGAGGCCAAGGGCGCCAGGCGCGCGGCCCAGGGCGGCGGCGGCCGCGAGGACGAGGAGGACGACGACGACGAUCCGGAGGACGAGGACGCGGAGCAGGCGCGGCGGCGGCGGCGGCUGCAGCGGCGGGGGCAGCUGCGCGCGGGCGCGGGGCCCGGCGGGGAGGCGCGGGCGCGGGCGCUGCUAGGACCGGGCGCACUGGGCCUCGGUCCCCGGCCGCCCCCCGGCCCCGGGCCGCCCUACGCGCUGGGCUGCGGCGCCGCGACGCACUGGUACCCUCAGGCGCACGGCGGCUACGGCGGCGGCCUCAGUCCCGACACCAGCGACCGGGACUCACCGGAGACGGGCGAGGAGAUGGGCCGCGCGGAGGGUGCCUGGCAGCGGGCCCCGGGAGCCGUGCAGCGAGAGGCGGCAGAGCUAGCGGCGCGGGGCCCAGCGGCCGGCACGGAGGAGGCGUCCGAGCUGGCCGAGGCCCCCGCAGCGGCGGGCGAGGCGCGCGGCGGAGUCGGCGUCGCUGGCGGUCGCAAGAAGAAGACGCGCACGGUCUUCUCGCGCAGCCAGGUCUUCCAGCUCGAGUCCACUUUCGACCUGAAGCGCUACUUGAGCAGCGCGGAGCGCGCGGGCCUCGCUGCCUCCCUGCAGCUUACCGAGACGCAGGUCAAGAUCUGGUUCCAGAACCGUCGCAACAAGUGGAAACGGCAACUGGCCGCAGAGCUGGAAGCGGCCAGCUUGUCCCCGCCGGGCGCGCAGCGCCUCGUCCGCGUGCCGGUGCUCUACCAUGAGAGCCCUCCGGCCUCAGCCGCCCCCGGCCCACCGGCUGCCGCACUGCCCUUCCCGCUAGCGCCCGCCGCGCCCGCGCCGCCACCGCCGCUGCUUGGCUUCUCUGGGGCCCUCGCCUACCCGCUGGCCGCCUUCCCGGCAGCUGCCUCCGUGCCCUUCCUGCGGGCGCAGAUGCCCGGCCUGGUGUGA